AUGUCCAAAAUAACCCAAUAACAAGAAGAAAAUUAGAACUUCCAGUCUAGUUGUAAUCUGAAAAGUAAACGAUCAUUUGUGCAUGAACAAUAGAUACACCGGAGAACUCACGCAUUAGGGUUUCCGAUUCUCUCCAAUUCUUUCAAUGGCUGAACCCUCACCAGCCAUCCAAGGGCAAUCUCAACAACAAACACUAAACACUUCACAGCAGAAUUUGUCGGAAUUUCAGCAGCAACCAACCCAAAACCUACAUUCUCAGGAGGACUCAAUUGCCAAUUUCCUCAAACUCUCCAAUGCUUUCUCCGGUUUCCAACGCUGCUUCGCUGAGUUACAACAACACAUAGAAUUCAUCGGGACCGCAAUAGAUGCUAUGCGACCCCCAGAUACAACAAACACUACCCCUGUACACGUGUCAGAACCAUCUUCAGAAUCUGACCCCUCUGAAGAAGAAGAAGAAGAAGAAGAAGAAGAAGUGAAAUCCCCUCAUCUUUCAGAGCUGAAAUCGACUCGUUCAGAACUAGAAAAGCUCUGUGAGACGAUGGACGGUCGUGGUUUGAGGAAGUACAUGAUAUCACGUAUCUCAGAUAUAAAUGGACUGACGGAAGAAGUCCCUAAGGCAUUGAAACUCUCGCCCAAUCCAGCGAAACUUGUAUUGGAAUGUCUCGGGAAGUUUUAUUUGCAAGGGAGCAAGGCGUAUGUUAAGGGUUCACCGAUCAUCAUUGGAAGGAAGGCUUCUAUAUUGGUUUUGGAGUGUUUUUUGUUGAUGGGAAUCGACGAGGGAGUUGAGAUUGAGAAAGCGGUGAAAGAAGAGGCGGAGCAGGCAGCUUUAGCAUGGAGGAAGAGAUUGGUUGUCGAAGGAGGUCUACGAAAGGCUUAUGAUAUGGAUGCGCGGGGUUUGCUAUUGCUUAUUGGGUGUUUCGGGAUUCCAGGAAGAUUUAGAAAUGAGGAUAUCAGGGAUUUGCUUCUGGCAAGUCCGUUCAAGAAGAAUAUGUCCGGUGCUCUCAGGAGAUCAAAUGUCUUCAUGGCAAAGAUUCCAGAAAUAAUAGAGGGGAUGUUAAGGCAAAACAUGGAAAUUGACGCGGUUGAUAUUGCCUAUAUUUUUGGAAUUGAGGACAGAUUUAACCCUCAGAGACUUGUGACAUCAUUUUUACGAGAGUCUGAAAAGCCACUGAAGAAAAUGAAGGGAAAAUCACAAGGUUCACUUGCUGAUGUGAAUGAAGCAAAAAAGAACCACUUGGCUGCGCUGAGAUCUACCGUCAAAUGUUUAAGACGUCACAGUGUUGAUCUUUCAGAACUUCUUCCCGGGUGGCAAAUCAAUGAGAAAAUAAUGAGCUUGGAGAAAGAAAUCUCAACAGAUGAGAAGAUGGCACAAAAGAGAAAAAAUGAUGAAACUGAGUCAUCUGGAAGGUUCAGCAACAAAGAAGCGAAACACUCACAUUUUCCAAAUCCAAGGCUACAACAGGAAAGAGUUGUUAAUCAUGUCGAUAGCAACAACACCUUGUUAGAAGGUGGAACUGCUGGCCACAUGUAUGGUUAUUCUCUGUCUCCACCUGUAUUGCAUGGACCUGUUGGAGGCUCGAUACAUGAAAAUGUUGGCUCACUAGGAACUCAUACUGGUCAGUUAUAUGGAUUGCCCUCCCACAGUUAUGCUUAUGGACCAUCAUCAUACUUGGAAGGCUCUACAGGUUUGCCAAACACCAAACCUGGUGAUGCUUAUAGGACACCACCAUACUUGGAGGGCUCUAGGGGGUUUCCAAACUCCAUACCUGGUGAUACUUAUAGGCCAUCAUCAUAUUUGGAAGGUUCUAGGGGGUUACCAAACGCCAUACCAACUGAUAUUGCUGGCCGGAGCUCUGCAUCUGCUACCUAUCAAUUUGAUGAUCCUGUUAGAGCAAGUGAACUCUACAGGAGCAGCGGCUUGCGAGGAGUUGAUGUUAUUCCUUCUGCUGCCUCUGCUCAUCAUUCGUCUUACUUGUACUACCCCAGAUAGUUUUGCCUUGGACAGGCAUUACUGUCUAAAUUAGUUUCCCUUUCUGUAGUAUAGCCAGUCUAGAAGUGAUUUCUCUAAGGUCUCUUAAGAUGCAUUUUCAAAAAUGUUUUGCGUUACCUUAGCUUAAGAAACUUUGGGCAAUUUGAAGCUUAGAUAGUGCUCUACCUAGGGAACUUUCAUUUGUCUUGGAAGACUUAAAAUUACAGAGAGUAAAUUAGAGACCAAAUGACUUAAACCCGCUUCUCUAUUACUACUUUUUUUCUCUCU